AUGUGGAAACUUUCGAUAUUUAUUACGUUUUUGACGAUAUCGAGGUCAAUAGUUUUGGAAAAACUUCCCGUUUCAAGUGAAGAAAAUGAGCGAACACCGUUGGAAAGUUUCGAGGAAUUUUUGAAUCGAGAAGCUGAUAGGGAGACAUUUCGAAGAGUCAGACAAGUGCCACUAGCAGCUCUGGCUGGAGUUGGAAUGAUGCCAGGAGUUGGAGUAGCCGGAGUUGCUCCAAUGGUCGGAAUGCCAAUGUCUGGUGGAAUGAGCGCUCAAGAGAUCGCCUCUUUACCCGCAAUUCUCAAUCAAUUGAAGAUCAUGACAGAAAGCGUCUUGCGGACUCAACAACAGCAAUCUCAGGCUAACGGUUUCGCGAAUACUUGGUCAAAUAGUUGGGGUGGAAUGUCCCCAAUGACACCGAUGACAGCGAUGGGAGCGGGUGGUGGAUAUAUGGCUCAACCCUAUGCAGGAGGUGUCUACCCCGGGCCACGACCCGAGCCUCAUCCAGAGCCGAUUCCCGUCGGAUACAAUCCGUUUGCCAGAACAAGCAUGAAUUUGAAUUUCAACCUCGCUUACAACUCGGGUUGCGGUCGGAAUAGUCCAAAGUACCCAAUGGCCGGCGGAAUACCGAUGUCAGGAUACGCGCAACAACCGCAAAGUUGCCCGGAGCCUGAGCCCGAGCCUGAACCGGUGGCUCCCGUUGUAGCUCCGGCUCUGCCCGUCAACUCGUACAACAGAGCGGCAUUGCCGAUGCUCCCCCAGCCACCGAUGGGCCCAAUGUUCGCCGCUGAUGUGAAGCAAGCAGCCACUCCGUUUGUGCCUCAUCUCAACGCCACUGAGCCGAUGACAACGACGACAACAACCACGACAGCAACCACGACAACAACUACCACAACAACUACUACAACUACGACCACAACAACUACAACAACAACUACAACUACAACAACUACCACUACGACAACCACAACAACCACAACAACCACAACAACUACAACAACUACAACAACCACAACAACCACAACAACGGUUGAUGCCGUUGCCGCAGCCGAAGCAGAGAAGAAACGGAAAGGCGCUUUUAUGAGUUUGGCGGUGCCGAUGGAGUUGCACGAGAAGAAACUCAUUCGAAGAGAUGGCACCGAGUUUUCUCUCGCCGAUUUGGACGGGAAAUUGAUCGGCUAUUAUUUCGGGGCACAUUGGUGCGAUCAUUGUUUGGUCUUUACCCCAAAGCUUAAAGCUUUCUAUGAAGCGGUUAAAUCAACAGGAAAAAUCGAGAUUAUUUGGGCACCAUAUGAUAAAAAGGAAGAUGAAAUGGAAAAAGUCGUGAUCGUCAAGAAAACGCAUCCGAAUGGAACGGUGACUUUUGAAAGACAAAUCAUUGACAGAAAUAACAAGGGAAUGGUGGCAAAUCUCAUCAAGAAUGCCGGUGGAAUGGCCGUCACCACAACCACACCUCAACCAACGACUCUCCCGCAGUCACCCACCUUUCAAAAUCCAACCCAGCCCGAGCAACGUGAAACUCCAUUUCCGCAAUCCCAAUCCUCAUUUCCCCAACCAUUAUCACCUCCUUUCUCGUCGAAUCAAUCCCCUCCAUCAAAUCUCUCUCCACCACCACCGCCAGCCCCAAUUCCAUCAUUCACACAGAAUGGGUUGUCAGGA